CUACUCAACAUUAAAUGCAACCCCUGCCACCAAGGGAUAUUUUGCGGGUUUAAAGAGAGUUAAAAAAUCAGCAUUAUUGCAUUCAGAGCAAAGUACACUAGAAAGGAAGGUCAGUAUUAAAAGAAAAUUUAAGUCUGAUGACAGAGUCGGUGUCAGUUCGAAGAGGUAUCCUACAUGUAAAUCAUGCAGGAGUGUGCAGAACAUUUUAAUAAUACGUCCCACCUACUUUCGUGUAUCCACCGACCUUUGCAUCGAGUACUUACCAUUUCUUGAGGUGCCAUUUUGUUUCCGUGUUUUUAUCUGGGAGAUCUUGUUGUGUUGGUUGCUUUCGGGAUCUCCUUUUAUGGUUGAACGGGACAGUAAAACCUUUGACAUUUUGAUAUUGUGCUGACAGUUUUAACAGGGGCCUACAGCACAAAGGUCUAUUUCUGUUGCCAGGCAUCAAAGGAGGCCUGUUUGUUUAAUUAGGCCCACAUUUAGGCAGAUUACAAGCUACUUUGGUGGUAACAGAAAAACAUUCAUGGCUGGACAAUCUUGGUCAACUGAAAAUAUUCCGAAAAAGAUGAAAGGGUAUUUGGAAAUAGAGGAUGAUGAGCUGAAAUUCUUCACAAAGAGGUUUUUUGUUUUGAGAAGAAAGAAAGAAAUACUGGAAUAUUAUAGAGAGGAUCCUUUUGCUGAGCCAUCUGCACAAAAGGAUGGUUCUAUAAAUAUUAAAGACAUAACACAGGUUGCAGUUUCAACACAAAGACCAAAGAUACCUAAUUGUUUUGAAAUCAGUGUUCCUGCCAAAAAAUAUUACUUGUCUUCACAUUCAAGGGAAAAUAUGUUGGACUGGGUGAAUUCUUUACACGAAGCUGCUGUCAAUCCUAGAGAAAGAGUCAGGAGUGAAGGUGAUAAAGAUAAAAAAGAAGUUGCCCUAGAUGGUAGCAUUGGCUAUCAUACUUCUAUUAUUGGUGGUGUGGUUGUGAAAACGCCAAAGGAGGCCGAAAAGUCUCUACAAAAGCAAGGGGGGAUAAAACCACUAAUGGAAGGCUGGUGUUUCAAGCAAGGUGCUGUUAUGAAGUCUUGGAAACGAAGAUAUUUCACACUAAGCGUAGUAAAGCUUUGUUACUUCGAAAAUAAAGAGGAUAAAGAACCAAUUCGAUCGAUUCUGUCACAAGAUAUUCUAGGCGUGCGUGAAUCCCCAAGGUAUGCAGGAAGAGAGAAUGUUCUAGAAAUGGAAACACCAAAUAGAAAAUUUUAUAUUCAGAGUGACAAUAAAGAGGGUAUGGAGGCAUGGAAGAAGGCUAUUCACUCAGUACUAAAUCCAUCAGGUUCCAUUGGCCGACGAUGACCAUAUCCCCAUAUAUGGAAUGGGGUCAAAACUGAGUUUUUGAAUAUCCAAAUUCUUUACUGCGUGCAUCUGGUAAAUCGCAAAGAAUUUCACUGUUAACCUACAAACGAAGAUAUUCUUCAAGCGCGAAAAAAGGAAAUUCAAUAAGUAUCCUAGUUAAACAACAAUGUUUGAAUUUCCCAGUGUCUUCAAAGCUAUGUUUUAUAUUUCCAAGCUUCUAACGGAAUUGAACUUUUCUUUGUUCCACGAAAAUGUAUUUGAUUGCCGGACCAUAAAAUCUGCGCUGCGCCCUCUCUUGUAGAGCAGAGAUUUACGCACCUAUAGACUGUCGCUUUAUUAGCCCUUUCUAUUGGCGUUGGAAACCUUGUGUCGUUUUAUGGGGCCUCGUUUUUGUUAGCUUUAACUGCCUCGCUCUCCAUGCAGAAGAACCUAAUUUUACCUAAUUUGAGAUUGGUUUCCUGUGAGCUGUAACUAAAUCAAUCGAAAAUGGUAGCUGAGAUAGAGAAAUUCACAAUGAAUUCUUAACUAUUUUUUAUUUUCCCCAUCAUUAAGGGUACUGGGAAACUCCUAAGUCGCUAAUGACUCCUUUUGUUAUUGUUCUGAAUUGUCAAUUCUGUGCCAUGAUAUUCACAUUAGUGUCGCCUUUUACCUUGGAUUUUUAUAUAUGGGGUGAAAUAAAAAUCUUGUUUUGUUCGGUAACCAAAGGACUUCACAAAGGUGAAAGCGAUGAAAUCUGAUAAAAUCCGCAAUCUGCACCAGUCUUAAGUUCAGUCCCCUUUUGCCUUGAUGUUUGCCAAAUUUUCAUGCAGCUGCUCCUGUUUUUGCGCAUUCUUAUGUUAAGCGAAUAACUUGCUCUUGAAGCAACAAUGCCUGUCUGUUUUACUUUGUCUGCAUUCUGUAAUGCAUUAUGUAGUUGUAGUAAACUUAACAAGCCGUAGUAUAGAAGGACGGUAUAUUUGUAACUGUAGAUCAUUUAUUUUUUUAGAUUUUUAUAGUGGAUUUCCAUUUUACAAUGUCUAUUUACAGCUAUGAAA